AACUCAAAGGCUCAAAGCAACGAAAACAAAGAAAAAUAAAAAGAGAGAGUUAAAAGAGUAAAGGCUCUCUCCCAUUAACUUUUUUCUUCUCCCUUUCUUUAAAUUCUUAUUAUUUCCUUUAUUGCCAUUGGCCACUUAAAAAAAAACCCGAAAGAGAUCACCAAAAAUAAUCGCUUUCUUAAUUCCAGAUUUCUCGCCUAAUUCUUCGGGAUUCAUUAUUUAAAAUUUCAGCGAAAACUAGAAGUAAAGAAAAAAGAAGAUAGGUUAUUUUAAGUUUUGGGAGCUUUGAGUAUGAAUUGAAGGAGAUUUAGUUGAAGAGAUGAAUGUGAGCCAUGCCUCAGUCCACCCAGUGGAAGAUCUACCAACCACGGACGGAGGCGUAGGUAUAGGCGGCGGCAACAACAACAACAACGAGGUGCCUAGAGUGAGGAUGAAGGAUAUUCAGGGGAUGCCUGGAACGGCAGGAGGGCUCGCGUUGCGGAUUUGUCAGUUUGUUUCUGCAGUUAUGGGACUUUGUAUUAUGGCAACCACCAGUGAUUUUCCAUCUGUUACCGCCUUUUGCUACCUUGUAGCUGCCACUGGCUUGCAGAGUGUGUGGAGCAUAUCGCAGGCUAUAAUUGACAUUUAUGCCCUUUUAGUGAGGCGCUCAUUGCAGAAUUAUCGUGUUGUUAGUUUGUUUGCUAUUGGUGACGGGAUCACAUCCACUCUGACAUUUGCUGCAGCUUGUGCUUCUGCGGGCAUUACUGUUCUUAUUGACAAUGAUCUAAAUAGCUGUGCGCAUAACCAUUGUUUACAGUUUGAAACUGCUACUGCAAUGGCCUUCAUUAGCUGGUUUACUACAUUACCAUCAUUUCUCUUGAACUUUUGGUCGCUGGCAUCCCGGUAAACAGGUAACAUGGAAAAAAAGAAGUCGAUGGGAGUAUUCAGAUCAUUUCAGAAUGCAAUCCAAACUCCAAAGCAUUUUUUUAUUAUUAUCCCAAGUAUAUUCCUUCAUAGCUUUCUCAGAUGCCUUGAAGAUACAAGAACUUGGUUUUGUGAUUUUAAAGUUGUAUAGUUUGUAUUCUAUAAAUUGGUUUCGUGAGAAAAAUAUCUGGGGCAUUGGACAUUAUGAAUACUGCCAGUUGCAUCUUUUGGAGAUUGAAUGAUUCGAUCACAGUAUUGUAAAACAUGUAUAUUUUUUAAUACUAGAUGGUGUGUUUUACUGGUCGAA